AUGAUCGCAGUGAGUAUACUGCAUGCAUUGUUGUGGAUUGAUGAUGGCAGUGAGGAUACUGCUAUGGUGGCUGCUAACUCAUUGUCUACAGCAGAGAUUGCAAUGAACAUAAAUAAGAUUUUAUUCCCUCAUUUUGGUAUUAUUAAUACCAUUGAUGAUAAAAUUGUCACGUCUAGUCAAUGUUGUCUUCACUACAAGUUGUAG